AUGUCAAACUAUGAAGAAGAGCACAACUUGAACAAUAGAAGCGUUGAUGGCUCUUUGUCGUCGAGUCGUGAGAGAAAUGCAUCGGAAGACCGUCCGGAUCAUGAACGACACCCAACAUUACAACAAGCCUUAGAUAAUUUUCUCAAUACACCUUCGUACUCCACCACUAACAUAGUGAACUUCAAUCGUGAGAGCCUACAAGCUAGUGGAUUGGCUAUAGAGCCCCAAAUGCUAGAAAUGUUACAGUCAUUAGUUACAUCAUCAAAUGGCGUAAUAUCAUUUCAAGAUUCUGCGGAAUCAAAAGGUGUCGAUGACUCCUUUCUUGAUACGUUAGAAAGAGUCAACGUUAAGAAAUUGAAAGAUGAUGAUACAUGUCCGAUUUGUACAAAUGAUUACAAAAGUGAUAAACAUCCAUUGGUUGUUGAGUUACCGUGUAAUUCUCAACACAGAUUUGAUUUAGAGUGUAUCGGUCCUUGGCUAAAGCUAAACAGAACCUGCCCGUUGUGCAGGACGGACGUCACCGUUAAGAAAAACAAGGUGGAACUUGUUGAUAGUGAAGAAGAGGACGAGGGUUGGGAUAUGUAUGGAUAG